CACCAUAUUCUCCAUAGUCCCAUCCUUAUUCCUUACGCCCUCCGUCCUGCGUAGCGUUUUCCCAUUCAACGAUUUCCGUUUUUGUCUCUACACACACACACACUCACACUUUCCACUCUCCAUCUCUCUCUCUACCUCCCAUCCUCACAAUCUCACUCUCAAACACAACACUUUACACUCUACUGUGUUCUCCUCACUCUCAACUCUCAGCUAGCUCUCCCUAUCACUCCCACACACACAUAGACUUACAUAGUUGUGAGCACGCCCAUUGUUUUUAUUCAAAGAAGCUCCCGUGAAAGUGUAUAGAGGGAGAUCUGAUUUAAGUGAAAGAAAGUGAUGGCAAUAGUGGACAAGUGUGUUGCCUCUUGAUUGAGGUGAAUGUGGUGAUGUUUCAAGUCUGAACUGACAAUUCCCCUCCGGUUUCAUGCUGUUUGCAUUCACCCUUUAUGCUGCAAGGCUGUAAAGUUGUGGCCUUUGAACCAGAAAUCAAGGGUUUCAAGAAAAGAUGGUAACUUUGUCACUGCCUCUCAGUAAUUGACAGUUUCAAAGUAUGUUCUAAUUCAGAUUUUUUCCCUGGUUUUUGCAUGAGUAGCAAUGAAUUUUGAAUUUUUGGGGUUAAAGUUGGUCAAUAGUUUUCUGGGUCAUCAUUGGACAUGAGUUUGUAGUUACAAUAUAAUAUAUGCUUAAGUAGUGUAGUAAUAGUAUGUUUGGGGAUUUCCGGAAGGUGAAUCUUUGAUUACUUGGGGGUUUCUUGUUUCCUAUUGAGACGCUAUUAAUAUUUGUUUUGGUGAAUUGGAAGUUGUUUCAAGUUUCAAAUAGUGAUUUGGUUAAUGAGAAGAUCUGGGGUAGAAUUGGGUUGAUAGAAUGUUGAUUUUCUUGAUUUCUAGUAUUAAUAAUUCUAGAGAAUUUCCAAUUUUGGAUCAACUUGUGUGCUGGUGAUCAUGACCAAGGCUGUUCGUAACCGCAUACUUAAAGAUGUAAAUGGUAACAUUAAUGAUCACCUUCGGAAUCAUAUACAUUUGACAAAUUGUAUUCAUUUAAAGAAUCAUAUGCAUAAGCAGAGUCCCAUCUUGGGUGAUAGGUCUCUUAUGAGGGACCUUGCUGCCCUUCAGAGAUCGAGGUCCUUGAGGGAUCCUUCUGCAAGCCCGCCCUCGUGGCAUUCCCCUUCGGUUGUGGAAGCCCCUCCCGUAGCAGCUGAAAGGGCUGCGGAGAUGAGCACUGCUAGACAGUCUGUAGGAUUGGAGAUACCAAGGGAUGGUAGAGGGUUAUCUGAAACCUUACCACCUAUAGCUGACCUAUCGACUUCAAAAGUGGGCAGUGGUGAAGUUAAUAGGCGGAAUAUUGGUGGGACAGCAGUUGCAAGUGAGUGCAGUAACAAGAGUGGAAAUCGAGAACAGAGAAGGGUCAGGAGAGAAGAAUCAAGUGGGAGGAAUCUGGGGACUGAUCUUGUUGCUGGAGGAAAUGGGCUUCGAGAUGAGGUAAAGGAUCUCGUUCAGGAAAGUAUUCAUGGAAACUCUGAACAAAGGGAUAAAAGUAUUAAGCAGAGCAGACGGCAUGGGCCAGAUGAUCGUGUGAAGACUUUAUCUGAAAAACUGAAUGAGUUCUCUUUGGACAGUGAUGAGGUGGCUUCAUCGCAGGUUCGUGUUCACGGAAGACAUGGUCACAGCAAGAAGAUUUCAAAGAGAGGGGAAGCAUCCAUUAGCGGGCACCACAGUGGGAGGGUAAAACAACGUAAACUUAGAGGUGCAAGGAGAUCCCGUGCUUCUGUUGCUUCCAGAGAUGCAUUUGGUGAGAAUGAAAUGUCUGUGGCUUCUAAUUCUUUUGGUCAGUGUACGUCAAACCAGAGAUACCAAGUAGAACAGGGAGAUGAAGAAUAUGGCCACCAAAACGUCACUAGGGCUCCUAGGAAUGGAUGUGGCAUUCCUUGGAACUGGUCAAGAAUUCACCAUAGGGGAAAAUCUUUUCUUGAUUUGGCAGGUAGGAGUUUGUAUUGUGGGCUGUCUGAGUCAAGGUUAAAGAAAACUGGUGCUGCUCCUCAAGUGAGGGACAGUCAAAAUAUCCCUAUGAUGUCUGAAUACUCGAGUUCAUCUUGUAAAUCUGCAGAAGCAUUGCCUUUACUACUUGAUCCUUCUGGCUCCCAAGAAAGUGCUGAAAAUGCUGCUUGGUUUCACGAUUAUUCGGGAGAAUUGGGUAUCUUUGCUGACAAUCUACUUAAGCACGAAAUUGACUCUGAUCUUGCUUCAGAAGCUAGGUUUGGUGGGCAGCGUAAUUUUCAUGGUCAUGGUAAUGUGAGGCACCGAAGUCUUACUCAAAAAUACAUGCCAAAAACCUUUAGAGAUCUGGUGGGGCAGAGUUUGGUUGUGCAAGCUCUUUCUAAUGCUGUUGCAAAGAGGAAGGUUGGAUUGCUUUAUGUGUUCUACGGGCCUAAUGGUACAGGGAAGACUUCUUGUGCACGCAUAUUUGCUAGGGCUUUAAAUUGCCAGUCUCUAGAGCAUCCCAAGCCUUGUGGAGCUUGCAAUUCUUGCAUUUCACACGAUAUGGGGAAAAGUCGAAAUAUAAGAGAAAUAGGCCCUGUCAGUAAUUUUGAUUUUGAGAAUAUUAUGGACCUUCUUGACACUAUGAUCAUUUCCCAUUUUCCAUCUCAGUAUAGAAUUUUUAUCUUUGAUGAUUGCGAUAAUUUGCCUCCUGAUUGUUGGAGUGCUAUUCUAAAGGUUAUCGAUCGGGCUCCUAGGCGAGUUCUUUUUGUCCUUGUUUGUUCAAGCCUAGAUACAUUGCCUCAUAUAAUCAUAUCGAGGUGCCAAAAGUUCUUUUUCCCAAAGUUGAAAGAUGCAGAUAUAAUCUAUACGUUGCAAUGGAUUGCUACCAAAGAAGGUCUAGAAAUUGAUAAGGAUGCAUUAAAGCUUAUUUCAACAAGAUCAGAUGGAUCGUUGAGGGAUGCUGAGAUGACUCUUGAGCAGUUGAGUUUGCUUGGGCAGAGAAUCUCUGUUUCGUUGGUACAAGAACUGGUUGGGCUUAUUUCGGAUGAGAAAUUGGUCGAUCUACUUGACCUGGCAUUAUCAGCAGACACUGUCAAUACUGUGAAAAGUCUGCGGGAGAUAAUGGAAUCCGGUGUCGAGCCCUUGGCUUUAAUGUCACAACUUGCUACUGUUAUUACUGACAUUCUUGCCGGUAUCUAUGACUUCACAAAAGAAAGACCUCGAAGGAAGUUCUUUCGCCGCCAAGCAUUAUCUAAAGAUGAUAUGGAAAAAUUGCGUCAGGCUCUGAAAACGUUAUCCGAGGCCGAAAAGCAGCUGAGAGUGUCGAACGACAGACUAACCUGGCUUACUGCAGCAUUACUGCAACUCGCACCAGAUCAGCAGUAUCUGUUACCCAGUUCCUCUGCAGACACUAGUUUUAAUCAAAGCCCCCUAGGCUUAAACUAUGGAGGUGGAAGAGAGAUACCCGGGACAAGCAAUGUCGGGCAUACUAAGAUGUCUCAAAGAGAAAGAGGAUUAAAAGUUCAAGCUGAAAGUUCUAAGAAGAGAGGUAUCGUUGAUAGAAAUGGACAUGCUGGAGCUGGAGUUAUUCCUCAAAAGUCUAACAGCAUUUCUAGUGAUCGAAAUAGAGUAAGUAGUGGACAAGGGCCCGGUAAAUUUCAAAAUGAAAUUGAAGAUAUUUGGUUGAAUGUGCUCAAAAGGAUUCAGAUAACUAGCUUAAAGGAGUUCCUGUAUCGGGAAGGAAACCUGACCUCCGUUAGAUUUGGUGCAGCUCCAACAGUGCAUUUAGUUUUCAGUUCACACGUAACGAAGUCCAAGGCAGAGAAAUUUAGGGUACAUAUUUUACAAGCGUUUGAAUCUGUUAUUGGAUCCCCCGUGACAAUCGAAAUCAGAUGUGAAUCAAGGAAAGAUUCAAGAGCAGGAUCGAUCAUCUUUCCCGCAUCUCACGAUGGUUUAUCCUCCGGUCUUGGCAAUGAUGAUGUCAAUAGAAGGCCUCGAAAAGAACGAGAAGGUGCUUCGACAGAGAUUGACACUACUAGAAUCGGUAAAAGCGAGAUCGUGGAAUUAGAAACUUCUCCGAAAGAGGUCAAACACGAGAGGCAUAUUCACGAGACACAACCUGAUAGGCGGAGUUUUGGAAAUGAUUAUAUUGGAGAAGCAUCCUCAACCGCUAAGAAUUCUAACGUACCAUCUGUAUCGGAUGUAAGGAAAUUGGGGAACGGAAACCCGAACCUGAGCCUGAUGAGACGCAAGGUAUCUCUUGCUCAUGUACUUCAACGGGCAGAAGGAUGCGCCCAGCAGAGUGGAUGGUCACAACGCAAGGCUGUUUCUAUUGCCGAAAAGCUCGAACAAGAGAAUCUGAGACUGGAACCAAGAUCUAGAAGCUUGCUUUGCUGGAAGACUACAAGAGUAUCACGUCGAAAGCUUUCGCGCUUGAAAACCAGAAGUAGGAGACCGAAAGCUUUACUGAAGUUGGUCUCUUGCGGGAAGUGUCUCUCUGGUAGGUCUUCAAGUGCAAAACAGAAGAACAUUGUUGAGAGAAAAUACUCUUUGUUCAAUCCCACUUUUGGUGGACUUUAAGGUAUGCAUAGAAUUCUCUGAAUCCGCACGAAUAGUUUCUUCGAUUGUUUAUCUCAAUCCUAAAUGUUGCUUCUUUUAGUUAAUUACAUCUGAACUUGAAAUAUCCUUGAUACUGGACAGCAUCUGUUUAAGUUUACCAGUUUUCUUGCUUGUGUAAUUGACAUUUCUUUAUGGGAUCAAUUUGACACUGAAUAGUAUGGUCCAAGUGAUGAUUAAUCAAGUUGCAAAAUUAUGAAAUAAAAUUGCUUUUUAAUAUGGGAUAUUGUUUGUUGUA